AGUCGAACCCCGAUCAAUAAACCUCAAAUCAGAUCAAUGACUUAAACCGGUUUGACAACCUUGUUAAUAACCCUAGAUAUGAUUCAGGUUCACCAAACCAAAUGCCUGCCCCAACCAUAACCAACGGAUCAUAACAAACACAUCAUUGGUGUAUAUUUAAACAUUCCUAACAAAACACAGUCAAAAAAACUCUCGAGAUUGGCGUUAUCUAAAGACUUAAAACACAAACACAGUAAGUUGGAGGUAGCCGUGGGAUUCUUGAUUCCCAAUAACUACAUCACAGAAUUAAUUAUUACUGACGUUUGAAACCAAGGAAGAGCCUCCUAUAUAUCACACCAACAACAACCAAGUGCAUGGCAAGAAACCAAAUUAAACCAAACCAAAAAAGGAAAAGAGAGAAAGUGGGAACGAAAAAUGAUCUCCAUUUCCAGAGCGUUAGUCCACAUACUGCUGUCAAUCUUAUUGUUGCUAUGGAUAUCGGGCGGCGGCGACGGUCAGCAAGCAAGUGCCGCCGACAUGUUCAAAUCUGCCUGCAAUAGCCACGUGUUCCUGACAGGAGAUGACUCGUUUGGAUGCGUGGAGGAUGUGCUUCGAACGUUGAUUAAGAAGGUCUCCAAAUCGGCUAUCGGUCCUGGCUUCGAGGACCAGAUCAGAACUUGUCCCAGCAGAACUGUGAUCAAAGCCACGGUGAACACAGGCGGGGCUUCUGAUGCGGAAAACUGCCUCAAUAGAGCUAUGAACGUGCUCCAUACCAACUGUUAUAACAACAUCGGAGCUCGAGUUUGGAGGGAUAGGGACUCAAAUGUUUGCUUCAUCAGAUAUGAUAUAAACUAGCUAGCUGGUAACCUUGUAUGUGACAUACUCCAUCCAUCCAUCCUUUGAGCUUGAGCUUUGGUGUCAAUGGCCGACUACUUCUCCGCUCAGAAAUAAUGGCGUACGUAUAUAUAGUAGUACUCCUGUUGUAGCUUUUUAUCAUAAUAUAAUAAGAGGAGAGUGGAAGUAUUUAUGAUCGGUGCCCGUGUGUGUGAAAAUUUGUAAUGCUCGAUCUGAUGUUUAAAAAUCGUGGCGGGGAAUGUUGUUUUCUGGGGAGAAAACUUGUGUUGAUGAACAGAAUUAAUUGCAGGCAGUUUGAUGUUUUGAACAAUAUGAUUAAACAAAACACAGUCCAUAUAGUUCAAAUAAGGGUGUUCGAUGUUU